GAGGCCCUCGCCGGGUGCUGGUGUACGGCGGCAGGGGCGCGCUGGGCUCGCGAUGCGUGCAGGCGUUUCGGGCCCGCAACUGGUGGGUCGCCAGCAUCGAUGUAGUGGAGAAUGAAGAGGCCAGCGCCAAUGUUGUUGUUAAAAUGACAGACUCAUUUACUGAGCAGGCUGAUCAGGUGACUGCUGAGGUUGGGAACCUCUUGGGUGAAGACAAGGUGGAUGCAAUUCUUUGUGUCGCUGGAGGAUGGGCUGGUGGCAAUGCCAAAUCCAAGUCUCUCUUUAAAAACUGUGACCUGAUGUGGAAGCAGAGCCUAUGGACAUCAACCAUUUCCAGCCACCUGGCCACCAAGCACCUCAAGGAAGGAGGCGUCCUGACUUUGGCUGGUGCAAAGGCUGCUCUAGAUGGGACUCCUGGGAUGAUCGGGUACGGCAUGGCCAAGGGUGCUGUCCACCAGCUCUGCCAGAGUCUCGCCGGGAGGAACAGCGGCAUGCCACCUGGGUCAGCUGCCAUCGCUGUGCUCCCGAUUACUCUGGACACCCCGAUGAACAGGAAAUCAAUGCCUGAGGCUGACUUCAGCUCCUGGACACCCUUAGAAUUCCUAGUCGAAACCUUCUAUGACUGGAUCACAGGGAAAAACCGACCAAGCUCAGGAAGCCUAAUUCAGGUGGUUACCACGGAAGGAAGGACGGAGCUUACCCCAGCGUAUUUUUAAGCUUCAUCUCAGUGCCUGUGAGGAUCUGCGAGAAAAGUCACUAACCCAUCUUGGUGUGGCCUUGUCCGGCCCUGUGUUUUCUUUAAUUCUCUUCAUGGUACACAGUAGUGAAUCCUAUUUUUCUCUCGCCUAAUGUGCUCUCCUGGGACAGUGUAAUAAGUUUAUGUGAAAUAAAAACCUGUGGGAGUGGAGGUCUACAAAUAGCAUCCGGCAGUCUGUGUUGACUACGCAUAGAACAGCUCCAGCUAUGUUGGUGUCACAUCGGGUUGUUUUUGAGACUCUUUAAAUCUGUCUCUGACAGUGGCUGUCAGUGAUUUGUUGGUACUGGGGACAUUUUGAGGGCUGAGUUAGUUUUGAAUGUCGUGUUUAUGUCAUAGACAUAGUUUUUGCAGUUUUGGAUUAAUCUGCCUUAAAACUCCUUUAGUGGUGUAAGCAAAAUCUCAUGAACUCUAUCCUGAUGUCCUUUUCCUGUGUGGUUGCCAGGUGGCCAAAGGUUAAUGUGCCAGAUAACUACUUGUGAGUGUUUGGAGUGUUUUUUCCCUAAUAAAUGUUCUCCAUUUA